AUGUCCCGUCUUCGCGACCCAGCGGAAUAUGUAUCGAAAGCAAAACAUAGAUGGGCCGGUCACAUCAUGAGAAGAAUCGACGAUAGAUGGACUAAAAGAACGCUAGAGUGGAUCCCAAGAGUUGCUAAACGAUCCCCGAGGAAGACCGCCAUGAGAUGGCGACGCGUUCACUACACGGAUGGACCAGCUGAGAGCUCAGCUGGAUACGGCUCAAGGAUCUCGUCAACGUAA